AUGGUGUCAGUUAAGUUUAAGGUGCCAUUCUUUUAUCAGAGACAUGGUUCCAUAUCAAAUUUGUGUCGGUUAUCUUUAUUAGUUGUUUUUAUUUGUUUAAUUCUUCCAUUAACAGUAAGUUCUCAUGAUCAUCAUCAUGAGCAUGAGCAUGACACACAAGAACCGCCUUCUUUUAAAUAUUCUAAAGAAGCUAAUUUGCUACAUGAAGCUCAGAGACCAAGAGCUGAUGAACCUCGAAUAAGGGACAAACAAACUCUUUGGAUAGAAGCAUUAGGCUCUACUCUUUUAAUCAGCUUAGCACCGUUUUUAAUAUUGUUCCUAGUACCUUUGGACAAUCGAUCAGAACAAGAACCUUUAUUGAAAAUUUUGUUAAGCUUUGCUUCUGGGGGACUCUUGGGUGAUGCAUUUCUUCACCUGAUACCCCAUGCACUUAGUGCUCAGGCCCAUGAUCAUUCUCAUUCUAUUCAGAAAGACCUCCAUUCGCAUUCUCACUCCCAUUCGCAUUCUCAUGGUCAUAGUCAUGAUCAUGAUCAUGGGCCUGAUAUGAAAGUCGGGCUUUGGGUACUUAUUGGUAUUUUGUUGUUUCUUUUUAUUGAGAAGUUUGUGCGUUUAAUCAAUCCAAAUCAUUCUCAUUCUCAUUCUCAUGAUGCUGGUGUUAGUAAGGAAGUUGAUUCAUCAAAGACUGAGAAAAAAAAAGAAGAUGAUAGUGAAGAAAAAGAAGAUAGUGCUAGUCAAGUUACAGAAAACAUAAAGAUUGCUGGAUAUCUAAAUUUAGCUGCAGAUAUAGCUCAUAAUUUUACGGAUGGCCUUGCUAUUGGAGCAUCCUAUCUGGCAGGACACCAUGUUGGAGUUGUUACUACCCUAACGAUUCUGAUUCAUGAAGUACCCCAUGAGAUCGGUGACUUUGCUAUCCUCGUUCAGUCUGGAUGUUCAAAAAAAAAGGCAAUGUAUUUGCAGCUUCUUACUGCAUUGGGUGCAUUUUCUGGGACUUUAGUUUCUCUCAUAGCUGAAGGUGUUGGUAAGUUAAUUUAA